GAGCAAUAGCCGUCAAGCUGGCAGGCUGUAAGGAUGCUGGGGAGACCAGGACAGUUCUCCACAGAUUACUAGGGACAUGGACAUGGACCAGGCAGCUACGCACGCACAUCCUUGCCGAGCAGCCAGCACAAGACGCUCAAGCACUCUCCAGGAGAUCUGACUUGCAAGAGGAAAGAAGAAGCCAACCUCUCUCUCUCUCUCUCUCUCUCUCUCUCUCUGCCCACUUGCAUGGCUCUCCCUUCAGAUGAAGCACUGGGCAUCAUAAGUCGGACACUAGCAUCCCACUGCUGUCAGUCAAGGCAGAACUGGAGAGCUCUGAAGCUUUAAGGAAGAAGAGUGUGCUUCUCUUCUCCUCCCCCCCCCAUCCCUUUCUGCCACCGUCUUCCUAGCUUCAGGAAAGGACUCCUUCGCCAGGAUGUGAGCAGCAUCUGAUCUCAGCUACUUAUGGGUCCAAAGGCAGCACAGAAGUGGUCUCCUGGAUUGCACUGCCCUGCUGAAUAGCUCCAAGGGUGGCCGGCCGGCCGGCUGCUGGCAAGAAGCUGACCUAGCAACACCCUAUGCCCUAAAAACAGGGGAUGAGGUAGGGGAAAGGACACUGACUUCCUCUUCCUCCUCUUCUUCUUCUUCCUCCUCCUGCACCUCUUCCCCAAGAUAUCUUCAACUGGAGGAGCCAUGUCACCUGUGGACUGGAGACCAGGGCCCUUGGACCGGUGGAGACAUUCCCUUCUGCUAUGCAGAUGGAAAGCCUGCACAGACAGAGCUUCUGAACUGAACUGAUUAAUCUCCCCAGCUGGUUGGCUAGCUGGCCACGGGGAGGGAGCGGGGGCUUUUUCUCUCUAUUCAUGCGGGGAGUGGGUACAGUUUCCUAUUCUUCCUCCCCCUCCUUCUCUCUCUCUCUCUCUCUCUCUCUCUCUCUCUCUCUCCUCCAUACUUGAAGGAAACCAGAAGGGCAAUAAUCACAAUGCAUCCAUGUGCAACUGAAGGGUUAAUCUGAGAGACGUGGAAGUGUGUGUGCAUGUGUGUCGAUACCCUGGAUUUGAUUUUCUUUUUUUAAAAAAACUGGAUAUACCUCACCACUCAUGUCCAGGCUCAGGCAGCUUUGGGGAAAGGGAAGAGGACCCAAGAAUCUGCUUGUGACAUCCAAAGCCAUGGAAGGAAGAGAGAGGAGGGGUCCGCUUGGAGCAAGAGGGUUCGACAGGCUUUGGAAGCAGCCGCCUUGCUAGAAGUGGUGUGGAAUUCUUUGUGCUUCCAGCGUCUCACGGGUGCCCACUUUCUAUGCUUAAAACCACGUUUGUCAUUUUAAGGAGCUUCCUGAGAUUCGUAGCAAAGAGACCUCCCAAGCUUGGCUGAGGCUGGAAGUCCUGCAUAGCCCCUCUAAGCCCACCAGCAAUAGAGAUGGCAGCGGUGCCAAAGAUCUCCCGUCCCAUGGGGGACCCCUCUGCGGAAGAAGUGUGGGGAAACCCUGAGGCCAAGCAGUGAGGUCCUGCCUCCAGGAUCUCCAGAGGAUUCUCCAAAGGGACAGUGGUGAACUAACUGGAAGUGAUGCUUUCCUUGAUGGGACAGCAAACGUGGCACAGACUGGCGUGGUAUAUUGGCUUCUUUCUGCACUUUAUCUAGACCCAGGCACUUCAGAGCUUGCAGAGUGGAGUGCAAAUAAUAAAGCCUUAACCCCUUGGGUUGGCUGUCCAUGGCAAUCCCAUACGACCAGCCUUGAAGUCAGAUGGUCAUACCAGAUCUUCUAUACUCAACUGGGACAGAUGGGGGCUUGUCCAAUUCAUUCUUUGUUUGAUCGCCCCGCAACUGCCCUAGCUUUAUUGCCCCGAUCCUGCUAGGGUGGGGAGAUCGCAAAGGUGGCAGGAGGUGAGCGUGUGGCUGGGGCUUUCUGGGGCAGGGUGGGUGGGCGUUAAGAUGUGGAGAUCUCCCCAGCCAAGAGGGGCUCCGUGGAGGCACAGUCUGGCUGGGCAAAAGCAGAAUGCACCACGCAGCUCUGCCCCAGCUUCCCGGCACCCUUUGAAGGAUGAACUCCCGGGGCUUGCAGGAUAGGCAGCCCACUGACAACGCUACCGACAGCAGUAACACCAGCGAGAGGGAGCGCAUCAGGGGGCGCAUGAAAAUGGUGAUCGGGCAGCUUGAAGGCAUCCUGCAAGAACUCAAGGAGGUGGCCAAGGAGCUCCGUGAAGUGGUGAGCCAGAUUGACAAGCUGACUUCGGACUUUGAGUUUGAGCUGGAGCCGGACGACUGGACCACAGCCACCGUGAGCAGCACAUCCAGCAGCGAGAAGGGAGGUGGGAUGUUUGACCUUGGGCACCUCGAUUUCAUGACCUCCGAUAUCCUCUCCGACAGCUGGGAGUUCUGCUCUUUCCUGGAAGCCUCCACCCCGUCCGAUUCGGGCGACGGCUCAGAGCAGCAACAAGGGCGCCAGCCUGACUACCGGCUGAUGAAUGGCGGGGUGCUGACCCCCAAUGGACCCCGGGUGGAGACCCCAGACUCUUCCAGCGAGGAGGCCUUCAGCUCUGCUCUGAGCCACAAAGCCCAGCACCAGAGGACACCUGGGACACGGGAACGAGUGCGGUUCAGUGACAAAGUCCUCUACCACGCCCUGUGUUGCGACGACGACGAGGAAGCAGACAAUGUCCCACCUCCCGAGGACCCUCCUGAGGAGCUGAGCGAGAUGACACUCAAGGCGGCGCCCGCCGUCAAGGCAGCACUGCGGCGGUCGCCUCACCUGAGUAGCGCUCAGCAGCGGAAGCUGACGCGGAACAGCAGCACCCAAACGGUGUCGGACAAAAGCACGCAAACGGUGCUGCCCUAUGUCUCGGGGAAACAGAAAGCGAAGAGCAAGAACUGAGCGCCAGCUGGGCAGGGGUUUGGGGGAGAGGGGAAAGCUGCAGAUAUAUAUAAAUCUCUCUAUAUAUUUAAGUCAAUAAAUGAUAAUGAUAUGAUUACCAAAAAAAAAAAUGGUGGCAGGAUAUCAUCGUGAACUACCUAACCAUUACUGUUGAGACUCAGGGAUUAUUUUGGAAAAAAAAAGAUCUGUUUUAUUUAUUGAAUGGCUUCCCUUUUUUGCAGCUCAGUAAAUGUGUGGUGCUUAUUCACAAAUAUCAAACACAAACACACACACACAUACACCUCUUUUUAGGAUGCAGGUGCUUUUUGGCUUUCUUGAAAGAGCUCCAAAAAUAUGCCCCAGAAGAUCAGCCAGGUUUCUCUGAACAGAGUGAUUGGCAAGCACUCUCUCCCAAAAGAUCUUGGGAAACAAGACUGAUCUCAAGAGGCUGAAGAAAGCUGGUGAUGGGCAGGUGAUAUGGAAGGAAUUUAGGCUCCCUGUUUUUAUACAAUGUGAAGCCACAACAAGCUGAUGACUCUGUUGCUCUGACCUGCCUUGUGAAUCCUCCAGUAUCUGUUGAUAUUAAGGCUGUAUACAAACUGUACAUUGAAGGCACAUGGCUUUCUGCUAAGGAACUUGGGAACUGCAGUUUACCCCUCACAUAGCUCAACAAACUACAAUUCCCAGGAUGAUUUGGGGGAAGCUAUUGAUACAUAUAUUCAACAAAGUUUUACUCAGAGUAGAAGCACUGAAAUCAGGUCUACUCUGAGCAAAGUGCAGUUGCAUACCAUCUGUGCUUUUAAUGUAUGGCAUGUACACAUCCUAAGACUCUCUCAACUUACAGAUUUGUGAGUUUCUUCCGCCAUAAAUGGUAAAGGAAUCCCUCUCAGACUCCACAGCCCACAUUUGGGCUAGUUUGCUCCACUAUCAUCUUGGAAAACCAGGAAGAUAAUGAGAAGGUGCAUGCUAUUUGUUCUUUUUUUUUCAUAUUCCUCUCCCCAUCCAUUCCACCAAAGGGCUUGGCUUUCCUUUGCAUUUUCAAAUUUUUAUUAACUUUUCAAAUUUUACAUUUCAAAUUGAACAUCUUCUGUUAUACCAUACAUUCAUUAACUUCCCUCGCUCCCCUUCCAAGGUUCAUUUAACUUAUCCACCAUUCCUGCAUAUUUUGAUAUAUCCAUCCGAUUCUAUUUUCCUAUCUUACAUCACUUCAAUAUAUAUCAUUCUGUUGAAUUUUACUUUAAUGCUGCCAACAUUUCCAACUGUAUACAAUUGUUUUCAAAAUAUUCAACAAAAUUUUUCCACUCCUCUUUAAAUAGCUUUCCUUUCCCCACCUCCGUUGCACAUUUUAUCUUCACACCAAACCUGUGAGGUAGUUUAAGCUGAGGGGUUGCAACUGGCCCAAGGUCGCCCUGUGACCUUCACACUAUUUUGCUGCAACGUGCUCUCUGGGCAGGGCUGCCCUUGAAGACAACUCAGAAACUUCAGCUGGUCCCAAAUGCAGCUGCCAGA